CAGUCAUUCGUCGAGCAAAAAGAACCUGGACCCAGACUCGUGCCGCUUUGCACCGCACAGCCGAACGGAAUCGGCGACUGGCCGACCGCCAUCGUCGUCCGGCUCCUACUUAUGCUUGUGGACAACAAGUGUGGCUUUCGACCAAGGACAUCAAGCUCAAAGACACCAGCAAGAAACUCUCCCCCCGGUUCAUAGGUCCUUAUACCAUAUGUGAGGUCAUCAGUCCCUGGUCUGUUCGUCUCUCUUUGCCUCCCUCGCUCAAGAUCCAUCCAGUCUUCCAUGUCUCUCUCAUCAAGCCUGUGUCAUCCAGUUCCCUGUGUCCCGCUUCUGCCUCUGAUCCUCCGCCGCCUGUCCGUCUUGCUGAUGGUAGUAUGGGUUACCGGGUUCGUCGCCUGUUGGAUGCCAGACCCCGUGGCCGAGGUCGCCAGUUCUUGGUUGAUUGGGUGGGUUAUGGCCCGGAGCACCGUCAAUGGAUCCCCGGUUCUUGGAUUGACGACCCAUCCCUCAUCCGGGAGUUUGACGCUUCUCGUGCCGCCUCCGCCUCCGCCUCCUCCUCCUCCUCCUCUUCGCCGCCGGGUGGCGGCCCUUGAGGGGGGGGGGUACUGUCAUGGUUUUUGCUGAGUCUAACUGUGUUGUGCUGAGUCUUCUGUGUGCAGGUGGGUGUGUCUGGAGAGCAGCUGGAGAGCAGCUGCUACCUAUCUGUUCAUCAGUGGUCAGGGGAUUUAAGGAGCGUUGGGACAACUCAUCAGUACCGGAUGAUACUCAGCAUUGGGAAACUUCUCCUCCACCAACCAAGCCUCCAUCAGCUGCAAGAAAACUCACCGGAUUCCAACCCUGUCUGCCAGUCCCGUCGCUCACCCCUGACCGCCUGCUCUCCAAUCCCCACCUGCCAACUCGGACACCUCCAACUCUGGUACUCAGCUCCCAGCCUCACCUGACUCUCGCUCUACCAGCUCAGCCAGCCGUGACUUGCCCACCCCUCUCAGCCUUACCAACAACCAGGAAACUAACCCCACCGGAACCAUCGGAUCUCAGACCAUCAUCUCCUUCGUACAUUAUAAUAAAACUUUUUACUUACCUUUGUCUCCGUGCAUGAUUCUGCAUGUCGUGGGUCAAAAAGCUG